GGGGGUUAAUACUAUAAUUAUAGGUGUAUGUAUUGACGUUUUCCAUUACAGCUCGUCGGUCUUCAACUUGGCUCAGAAACAAAGAGCGAGUAUUACAAUAUAGACUAGUCGUCAACCCGUGAUUUACCGUAUUUCGUGGUUCCGUAACACGAAUUUUUCUCGCGCACAAACAGACAGAUGGCAUUAAGGAGAUUUGUCAUAAUAUAUGGGUUUAAUACAAGGGCACAUAAACUGAUUGAUGUGUAAACACGAAAUUUUUUUCUCCCUGUCCACCAACUAAUGUAAUUGGCAAAGGAAACAAAAUCAAGUCCUUAUCAAAUGUCAUGCGUUUUUCAAGUAGUUUUGCAUAAAAUUGAAAUAGAUGAAAAAUUAAGUCAAUAAUAUUACAAUAAAAAAACUUAAUUAAUUUUUAAUGUCAAAGUUUUGUUGAAACAACAAGUGGAAAUAUUAGUGUUAUUCAAGUGUUGUGUAUGUAGCUGAAAAUAUCAAUGUCGCCUUAAAGGCGAACAAAAGAGUUGCUACACACUUAGUUUUCUAUCACCAUGAAAAUUAAUAUUAUGGUAAAAUAGUACAUUUGUCCUGCCAAACUUUAGGCAAAGUCAAAAUAUGUCAAAAAAAGUUUAUAUCAGAACUUGCUAGCAUUUUACAUAAAUAAAAAAGAUUUUCAUACUGCUUUUGAUGCAACUUUAAAAACACAGUGCUACCGAAACUAUAACGUCGCAAGCUCGAGCCACAACAUUUUUAAGUUGAUAGGCUAGAGGUAAGCAACAAUGUGGAGCAAGAAAAGUUUUUUAUUCUACUUACUACAACUUACAGUUUUAGGUAUUAUUCUUGCUCAGAAAGGAUGCAGGGAUGAUAUGAGCAGUGGGAACUGUUUAUUUUAUAAAAAUCGAGGAUACUGUAAGGUGGCUGAUUGGUUGAGAAAACGUUGUACGAAGACAUGUGGCUUGUGUGGAACAUCAUCCACAACAAGUCCUGUUGUAACACAUGGAACAACUAAAGAAGCAUCCUCCACUACGCGCUCGCCAAUAAGAACAAUAACGAAGAUCAAAACAGCAUUUACAACAACAACAACAACAACAACAACAAAAACAACAACAAGGAAAGCAACACCAACCGCUACAUUAACAACUAAAGCGUUUACAAACCCUACAUCAACGACACCAAGAGAAAUUUGUGGCCGAUCUUUUGCAAAAGGGCGUGUCAUCUCUGGAAGGACAUCAAAAGCUGGUCAAUGGCCGUGGCAAGUUAACCUUAAAACUAGAGGACACUCCACCUGCGGUGGUUCAUUAAUUACGCCGGAGUGGGUGCUAACGGCUGCGCAUUGUGUAAAUAAACACAACGCAGAAGAAUUAGAAGUUAUUCUAGGUGACCUACAUCGAUCACGUGUGUCCAACAAUGAACAAACUUUCAAAGUCAAGUAUUUAAUUUACCAUCCAGAUUACGUCAGACCAGAUAACGAUAUUGCUCUCUUGAAAUUAUCAAAACCAGCAAUUCUGAAUAAAUAUGUCCAAACAGUUUGCUUGCCAGGGAAAAAUGAGAAGGUGGCUGUUGGUACUAAAUGUUAUAUUUCUGGUUGGGGCAAGACAAGUCCUGCUGGUUUCUUUGGUUCACAAGAAUUGCAACAUGCAAGUUUGCUUGUCCUAAAUCAUACUGAGUGUGAACAGAGAAAUUCAAAACUUGCUCCUGUCACUAACAGAAUGAUAUGUGGCGCUAAUAAAGGUUAUAAUCGACAAUCAGGCUGUCAUGGUGAUUCGGGUGGUCCAUUUGUGUGUCAGCAAACUGGUGGGAGAUGGGUGCUACAAGGCGUUGUUAGUUGGGGGUCACCAAAAUGUGAUAUAAAGCACGGGGCUACUGUUUUUGCAAAGGUUGCGGCAUUUCGUGACUGGAUUGAUAAACUUGUAAAAAAGUUCAAUAACUAAAAAAAUAUAACAAAAACAUAUAUUUAAAAA